GAGACAGAAGGAGAACCGGCAGCAGAGGCGGACGGACGGCUGAGAGAGGAGGGGGAACGCACACCGCCAUGGGCUGCUGUAACUGGAGGUGCGGGCUGAUCACCGGAGCCGUGUUCGGGGCGCUGGUGGCCAUCCUGGGUGGCGUCCUCAUCCCAGUGGGGGACAUCCUCAUCGAGAGCGUUGUGGAGACGGAAGCCGUGAUUGAGCCGGGGACGACAGCCUACGAUAACUGGGCGGCGGCGGGGGUAGUGGUGUACCGGCAGUUCUGGUUCUUCGACGUACAGAACCCCAUCGAGGUCCUGAAUUAUGGCACCUCGCCGGUGGUGAUCGAACGAGGACCGUACACAUACAAGACCCGCUAUCUCCCCAAAGACAACAUCAUGUUUAACCCCAACAUGACGGUGUCCUUCGUGCUGCCGCUGGGCGCCAUCUUCGAGCCGUCCAUGUCGGCGGGAUCAGAGGAAGACAAGAUCACCUCCCUCAACCUGGCGGUGGCUGGAGCGUACUCGCUGGCGCCUGAACAGUUCCACGGCCUCCUGGAGACUCUGAUAAGAAUGAGCAACUCGUCCCUGUUCCAGCGCCGCACGGUCAAGGAACUGCUGUGGGGCUACCAUGAUCCGCUGCUGAAAAGCACUCUGGGACUUUUUGCACCUUACAACGGCACCUUUGACGGACCCUACAACGUCUUCACUGGGAAAGACGACAUCUCCAAAGUGGGAAUAAUUGACAGGUGGAAGGGAGAGAGGAAGUUGAGUUUCUGGAACGACCCAUACUGUGACAUGAUCAACGGCACAGACGCUUCUGCCUUCGCUCCCGGUUUGGACAAGAAGAAGCCGCUUUAUUUCUUCUCCUCAGACAUCUGCAGGUCGGUGUCUGCUAGCUACGAGCGCAGCUACAGCCUGAAGGACAUCGAAGUGUACCGCUACGGCCUCCUGCCUUCGACGCUGGCGUCUCCCAUAGACAACCCGGACAACCGCUGCUUCUGCAGAAACUUCAAAACCACGAAGAACUGCACCAUGGCCGGAGUGCUGGACCUCAGCUCCUGUCAAGAGGGAAGACCCAUCUACAUGUCGCUGCCCCACUUCCUGCACGGCUCUCCGUCGCUGCUGACGGACGUCCUCGGCCUCAGCCCCAACGAGGAGCACCACAGCACCUACUUGGACGUCGAGCCCAACACCGGGUUCACCCUGAAGUUCGCCAAGAGGAUCCAAGUGAACAUGAUGUACGGACCGUCGGACAAAAUCACGGUGCUGAAGAAAGUCAAAGACUACACCAUAUUCCCCCUUGUUUGGAUGAACGAGACGGCCGAGCUCGACGACCAGACGGCCGACUUGUUCAAGGAGGAGCUGGUGUCCCGCAUGGAGAUGCUAGAUAUCAUCCAGUGGGUGCUGCUGGGAACCGGCACCGGCAUCUUCGUCCUGUGCCUCGUCUCGUACGUCGUGGUGAGGUGCUGCCAGACCAAGACCAAGACCAAGACCAAGACCAAGACCAAGAACAUGCUGGCGUGA